CAAAUGAGCUGUACGUCAUAGACAUGUGUGUGACAAAAAUGGUGCCCGUUUACCAGCUGGCACUUAUUUCUUAAUCACAAAAAAAAAAUCAACAUAGAUUUAAAUCUGUGAAGUGGUAUGGCGUCUGUUUUAGAUUUAGUUAAACAUUACCAACGAUCUAUAGAAAAAUAUCCCAAUGACGAACAGAAAAUUUUAAAGAGUAUAGAUAAGUUAUACCACUUGAAAGUAACUGUACAGCAUUUGCAAGAUACUGGUGUUGGCCGCACAGUCAAUGCUCUGCGAAAGGAACCAGGAGAAAUUGGACAAGCUGCUAGAGCUCUUGUGUUAAAAUGGAAGGUUAUGGUGGCUGCGGAAGAAAGUGAUCAUGAAGAUCAUAAUGACGACACCCAAAACUACAGUAGUCAUGAUAAUGGCAGGGAUUAUGACAGUAACCCAAGCAAAUCUACAAGUAAACAUGAUACAUCUGAGAAAUCAAAUAGAAGAUCAAAGACUGAAGAAAAGUACCAUAAGCAAACAAACGGGGAUUAUAGUGGAAAUAAGAGAAAAUAUCAAAGUAGUGAGGAGGAAGACCAUGAUGAUACAAAAAAAUCUAAAUACUCACAAGAUAACGGCUAUAAUAUAAAAUCAGAAUCAAGAAAGAAAAUAGAGUCAUCCGAAAGUGAAAACAGUGAGGAUGAAUCAUCACAAAGUGACAGUGGCAGUGAAGAUACAAAGUCAGAAGAUGAAGAAGAAGAGAUCCCAGAUACUGAAGCAAAGGUAGUGAAAAAUCAACACAAAGAGUCAUAUAAACCAUCCCAUUUGAGACAGUCAUCUAGUUCACAUCAAAGCAAACAUAAGCAUGAAUCAAGACAUGAUAGAGAAGAUUCAAAGCAAAGCAAGGAACAUAAUGACAGUUCUGAUAAAAGACAUUCAUCUGACAAACCCAAAGACAAGUCCCACAGUUCUCACUCCCACAAAAGUUCUAAAGGGCAUGAAAAAAGUUUAGACAAAAAAGACAAAGAAAAUAGACAUUCAGACAAAGAGAAGCAAAUAAAAGAAGACUCAAGUAAACACAGUAAUAAACAUAGAUCUAGUAGCAGUUCAGAUAAAACCAAGUCAAGCGGAACUGACAAACACAAGUCUAGUGAGAGUUCACACAAACAUAAGUCCAGCAAGAGUGAAGAUAAACACAGAUCAAGUAGCAGUUCAGAGAAAAAUAAAAAACUUGUACCCGAAUAUCAUAAAAGUCACUCAGAGAGAACAUCAAGUAGUACAGACAAACAAUCCUCACAGAUAUCUGAUAAACACAAAAAAUCUUCUCAUAAAGAUGUUUCUAAUGAUAAACAUAAAUCUAAAGAACAUGAUGAUAAAAAAGAUGAACAAGUCAAAGAAAAGUCAAAAGAAAAACAUAGUUCCUCAAAAGACAAAGAAAGUCACAAAAGUGAGAAGAAACAUUCUUCUAAAGAAUCAGGUGACAGCAAACGAAAAUCUGAUAGCAAUCAUAACAGCGAUAGUUCCAAGAAAAGUAAACAUAAGUCUAGUUCUAGUAAACAAUCUAACAAGUCAAGGGAGGACAAGGAGAAACAACCAAAAAGAACAGAAGAUAGCGAUGAUGGUAUAGAUUGUGGCUCAGGUGCCAGUUUUGCCGAAGCACUUGGCAUGAUAAGUCCGUCAAAGCCAAAGAAAAAAUCUAUAUUUUCUAAAGAUAAUAUGCAAUCUCCACGCUCUCCUAGUGACAAUCUCAACCCUCCCAAUUUGCUAGCACCUAGUGCUAAAUUGGCUCCAUUGCCCUCAUUAGAAAUAUCUGCCUUACCAGAGAUAUCACCCAACUAUCGGCCACGCCCACCUCCGAAAUUCCUACCACACUUCAGCGAUGAAGACGCUAUGAGUAGCGCAAUAUCGUCGAAAAAUCAGAGAACAAAAGUCUAUUCUGGCAACAAAGUUAUAGGAAAAAUCACAACAUUAUAUGAAAUGUGUGUCCAUGUCCUGCAAGAACAUAUUGAUGCCCUUGAAUACACUGGUGGGGUUCCAUAUGAAAUAUUAAAACCAGUUGUGGAUAAAGCAACUCCACAGCAGUUAUUUGUUUUGGAACAUUACAACCCAUACCUCAUGGACGACACUGAUCAUUUGUGGCAGAAAUUCUGUGAGAAAAGUUUUAGGAACAAGAAACGACAGGAAAUGGAGACUUGGAGGGAAAUGUAUAUUCGAUGCCAAGAAGAACAAGAAAUUAAGCUUAAAUCACUCACUGCCAACAUCAAAAUGACUCAAGAGGCAAAGAAGGCGCCCAUAAAGCAAACUAAAAUGGCCUAUGUUGAUACUGUAGUGAAACCACCUCGUAAUGUUGCAAAGAAACAGGCACAACACGGUACAGCAUUUGCUGCUACUGCCAGCCCUGCUGCUAGGGUUGCCUCUCUUUCUGCAGCACCUAAUGUAUUAAAAGGUGGCAGGGCUGCCCCAGCCCCGGUUAUAACAAACUCAUCGAACUUCAAGCCCAAGAAAGCACCGCUUAUGCAAAAAGCACUGCAAUUUAUGCGCGGAAGAAAACGAUGAUGAAGGGAAGUUGUUACAUGUUAUUGUUUCUAUAUACAGUAUAGAAUAUGAGAGUAGGUUUUAAUGGGACCUUUGAUGUUUUUAUUAUAUUUAUUAAUGAUAAGAAUUUAAUAUCACACUAUGAAUAUCUGCGGUAAAAAGUAAUCAACUGUUUUAAAGUAAAUAGACGAGCCCACUCAACUUAAACUAUGGCACUCAUGUGCUAAUGUUCUUAAUAACAUAUUUUUUAUAACUAAAAAGAAACAAAAAAUCAACAUAAUAAAAUUUUUAAAUGGACUAUUAAAAACUUUCAGUUUUAAUUUACGUAUAAAAUAUUGUACAACAAUAUUUUUAAACAUAACAAAGACAUUGUAUCAUAGAGUAAGUAAAGGCUCUAAACAAUACUAUUAUUCAUUUAUUCCUGGUAUUUAGAAUCUCCAUAUUAAACUUUGAUUUGACUUAACAGAAUAUAUUGUUAGAGUUUUCAGUUGGUAAUUUUUUAUCCCCUUUAUUUUUGAAUUUAUAAUUGAUAAAUUUUCAUAUAAAGACCUGAAUAUUGAAUUUUGUGUGUGAAACCUGUUAUAUAUUUCAAUUAUAGAUAAGUAAUUUGUUACCAUACUAAAUAUUUUUAUAAAAGGACAAAAAUAGUUAUAAGCUUUCCCCCAUUUUAAUAUAGUAUACACCUUAGGUCGUAGGUUUAGAUAGGUUAAACUCAUAUUAGUAGUUUAUUUUUAUGCUAUGUGGAAUUAUUUUCUCUUCAAAUCUCUUACAUAGAAAUCAUGUUAUGACCACUUUCUGUAAAUAUGUCACAUUAUAUUAGAAUAUUUCUAAACUUAGCGUAGAACCUGUUUCUACAAUUAUUGUUCCUGUACUAAACCAAAAUUUGCACAGAACUAGAUUUUUUUUUUUUUAACAUAUAUAUGAGUUGAAAGGUUAAUAUAAAUUUCUGUUUCAUUUCAUAUUUCAGAAUGUUACAACUCAAUAAAUAUUUUGAAAAAUGCAUGAACUGGCUGAAUUUUUUAAUUUUCACUGCAUUAAAGAUCAAAUAAAAAAUUUGUUAACAAUGAGAAUAAUAUAUCAGAAAUAAACAAAUUAAUUUGUAGGGUUGCUGUGAUAAAUGCUUUGAAAUUAAAAGAUGGUGUUAGAAAUAUAUUUUUAUAUUACUACUAAAUUUCUUAUUCUAUCAUAAUUAACAUUAGAUGUCCUUAAAUUUAAAAUUACAUUAAGGUUUUUCAUCACUUAUUAUUGACUGAUAUAAAAGUUUACAAAUUGAUCAUUGUUUCAAACCACUAUACAUUUAUGGAAUAUUGAAAGAAAUUGUCUUUCAGAUUCAUUUAAAUUGUAGUUACCUAAAUGUUUGCAGUUUGUUUAGUACAACAUAGCAAUUACUGAGAUCUAUGUAAAGUAUACCGAUAAUAUACAUGGAAAUUGAAAAUUCAUAUACCUUUGUGACUUAGAAUUUUAAUAUCCCAUUUCACAAUGUUAUAUGAUCAUUAUUUAUACUGUGAAUAAAUUUAAUUUGUGGAUA